AUGGGCCGAAAAAAGAGCCUUCGAGCUCCCGGCACUGGUGCUGACGGAAGAGUCGUUCUGUUGCGCCCCAAACUCGGUAAACAUUUAGAUGGUCCAUUGAAGAGAGUACCCGUGAAAAUCGGUGAUUACAUCGAGGUUCACAAAACGUGA